AUGACAUACUCUUUCCUCUCGCUGCUCACGCUCGCAGCAGCAGGCGUCUCGGCUGUCUCGGUAGGUCGUUUUCCCAGGACAACCAGCGAAGGCAGAGAACUUGCGACUCGCGACACCAGCGGAUUGAGCCCUGGAUGCCAGAAUUCCCCCAAUUCUCGCAAAUGCUGGGGCAAGUACGACAUUAACACCAACUACUAUGACGAGGUCUUUCACACAGGCAAAACAGUCGAGUACUGGCUCAAUAUCGAGGAGAUCGACUGCCAUCCGGAUGGGUACAAGCGAAAAUGCCAGGUCGCCAACGGGACAAUGCCUGGUCCAGCAAUCACAGCGGACUGGGGCGACGACGUCGUUGUCCACGUAACUAACAACCUCCCAAUCAAUGGCACGGCUAUACAUUGGCACGGGAUCCGCCAGCUCAAUACCAAUGAGUACGAUGGGACUCCUGGCGUCUCUCAAUGUCCUAUACCCCCCGGAGAUAGCAUGACGUACAAGUUCCACGCCAGCCAAUACGGCACUUCGAUGUGGCAUAGCCAUUUCGCUAUCCAGUAUAGCAUGGGGUUGCAUGGACCCCUGAACAUCAACGGCCCGGCAACGGCUGACUAUGACGAGGACCUUGAUACCAUCUUCAUGACAGACUGGGGCCAUGAGACUGAGUUUGCAACAUGGGCGAGUGUCGCCACCUUCAAUGUCACAUUUGAUGGCGCGCUCACCGGAAUAAUCAACGGCCAAAAUACAGGAAAUUGCACGGCGACCAAUGCCACCAAGCCAGAUCCAAACUGUAUCGAUGGGGGUCAUAAAUAUGAACUUAACUUCGAGCCGGGCAAAAAAUACCGCCUCCGGCUCAUCAAUAUCGCCACCGAGGCAUGGUUCCAGUUCAGUAUCGACGGGCACAAAAUGACCGUCAUAGCAAUGGACUUGGUGCCGAUUGUGCCGUAUGAGACAAACAACGUGCUGGUCAAUAUGGGCCAGCGGUACGAUGUCAUCGUCGAGGCGAAUGCGCCCCCGGGCGACUACUGGCUUCGCAGUGGUUUCGUCAAAUCCUGCAUACCUAACGGCGCCCCAGAAAACAUCACAGGUAUUGUCAGAUACAACAAAGAUAGCACCGUCGAACCUACAAGUACAAGUGACGUGAAGCGGAUUGGAUACUGCAUGGAUGAGCCUACCGCAAGCCUAGUGCCGUGGGUGCCGGUUGACGUGAAGAAUAUUGAUGGGAACAUCAUAUCCGAGAACGUCACCGGGGAGUACUUCCAAGGCAAGUUCCUCAGAUGGUCGUUCAACAAGGCCGAUGGCGGUUUCAUGUGGACGAACUGGUCGCAACCGGCGCUAGGAGAUGUCGUAUCUGGGAACAUAGCUGGUAUUCCAAAGGGCGACAACGCUUUCCCGAUCGGGGCUUUGACCAAUGCCACAGCAGCCAAGUUCAAGGAUGGCAAACAGUGGGGCGUUCUCGUACUCGAAGAUAUCACGCGUAUUCCAGGUAUCACUCAUCCCAUGCAUCUCCAUGGUCACGACUUCGUCGUGCUAUCAUCUGGUCUCGGUCUGUGGGACGAAUCGACCGUUGGCUGGCAGUUGAAGAACCCAGAGCGCCGCGACACUAUUACUAUGCCGCCUAAUGGCUUCAUCGUCAUGGCGUGGGCACUUGACAACCCAGGUAUCUGGGCCCUCCAUUGCCACAUUCCCUGGCAUAGCAGCCAAGGCUUUUCAGCAACGGUCUUGGAGUCGCCGGCUCUGAUUCCAGGAAGCGGAGCCACGAAAGACUGGGACACGGUCUUCGCACCACAGUGCAAGAAGUGGAAUGACUAUUACCCAACUUCAACAUACAAACAGGACGACUCCGGUGUUUAG